UCCAUACUAGCAACAGCACUACUCCGGCACAGGGAGGAGGAGGCUGCUUUCCCCAAUAGAAGAAGACCUUCCGGCACCUUCCUUUCUCACACCAAGCUGCUCCACACCUUAAAAAAAAAAGCAGCUUUGCUUUCAGAAACAGUUCUUUGUGGGCUUCCACAGCAGGUGGAAGAGCAGAGUGAGGAGAGACAAGACAGCUGGGGCACAACAGCGAGGGUGGGUUUUUAGCUGUGACUCCAGACACAAAAACCACCACCACUGCCAGUCUCUGAGCUUGCUUUUGCUCCGGGGGUGGAAAAAAACCCCUCCCCUCUGUUACCCUGAACCUUAAUGCUGCAAGGACAGGGACCGGCCAUGGCAUUGACCACUGUCUACGCCAAGCCAGAUGUGCCACCGCGCUCAGCUCCCGGCGGCUGCAGAAAACUUCCCGGUCCUUGGUGGUACUGGGUGCUGCUGGGAGCUGGAUGGGUCGGGACCGCAGUCCUGGCAGGCGUCGUGCUGUGGCUGCUGCAGCAACACGGUGGAAAUGGCCCCAUCCUGAGCCAGGGCUCAUACUCCUGGGAAACUUGCCCGACCAAUACCAGCCGAUGGAACGUCUCGGAGUGCGAAUGCCCCCUGAGGUACUUCAGGCUGCAGCUGAGACGACGGUUGUGUGAGCAAGGAAGCCGCCAUGCAACAGACACCUCGACUUGCCGGCUGUGUCCCGCAGGCUGGCAGCCAUUCGCAGCCAAGUGCUACUGGGUUUCCACAAAAACCGGAGCCUGGGAGGUGGCGGCAGACAACUGUUUGUACCAGCGAUCUCAGCUGGUCAUGCUGAAGAGCGUGGAGGAGAAGGCUUUUGUCAGGGACAUGAUCGGAAACACCUCCAGAGCCUGGCUGGGGCUGAGCAUCAACCAGAUGAGAGGGAAAAAUUGGACGUGGAAGGAUGGAUCCCCUUUACAGGAAGCCUUGUGAGUACCAUCCCGCUCCGGUUCAUGAGCAGGUUGCAAGAACCAUGUACAGGGGAAAUAUUUCCCAGCCUGAUGCUCACCACAGACCUGGCCACUCCGAAAAUCCCUCUGGAGCCAGCAGCAAGGCUCACGGGAGCAAAUUAAACCAGAGCGAUGCAGGUCUGGUCUCUGCAGCCCAGCUGCUAAAGAAGGAGAAGGAAAAAGCGAUUAAAUCGUUAUUGCUAUUUUACACCCAAAUGCAAAGUGCAAAGGCAGGGAAAUUUCAACCCAUUAAAAAGCGGGAAGAUUGCCCCAGUGGUAA